AUGGCGACAAUAUCAUUUGCUAAAAGUUUGGUUAACCCAGCUGUCAAGUUAGUGUUAAAACAGAGCCACUGUUCUCAUAUAAGAUGUACCAGCUUGCCUACUCUGACACCAUUAAGCAUCAUACUUAGGAGAAAUUAUGCUGAGAAACAGGUGUUUGAGAGGAAUAAACCACAUUGCAAUGUGGGCACAAUCGGGCAUGUGGACCAUGGCAAAACAACGUUAACUGCUGCUAUUACCAAAGUAUUAUCUGAUCUCAAUUUGGCACAAAAGAAAGGCUAUGCAGAUAUUGAUAACGCACCUGAAGAGAAAGCCCGAGGUAUAACAAUUAAUGUUGCUCAUGUUGAAUAUCAGACUGACAAAAGGCAUUAUGGACACACUGACUGCCCAGGACAUGCUGAUUACAUUAAGAACAUGAUCACUGGCACAGCCCAGAUGGAUGGGGCAAUACUUGUAGUUGCAGCAACAGAUGGUGUCAUGCCUCAAACUAGGGAACAUUUGCUUCUUGCCAAGCAAAUUGGUAUCGAACAUGUUGUUGUUUUUAUCAAUAAAGUUGAUGCAGCUGACCAGGAGAUGGUAGAACUUGUGGAAAUGGAGAUUCGUGAACUGAUGUCGGAAAUGGGCUAUGAUGGUGAUAAGAUCCCUGUUGUCAAAGGUUCCGCAUUAUGUGCAUUAGAAGGAAAGAGCCCUGAUAUAGGCUCAGAAGCAAUCAAUAAACUGCUUGAAGAGGUGGACAGUUUCAUCCCAACUCCAGUGCGUGAGCUGGACAAGCCUUUCCUUAUGCCCGUGGAGUCUGUACACUCAAUCCCUGGCCGUGGCACUGUGGUAACUGGACGCUUAUACAGAGGUGUUUUGAAAAAGGGCACAGAGUGUGAAAUUGUUGGACACGGUAAGGUCAUGAAAACAACAGUGACUGGUGUUGAGAUGUUCCACAAGACUUUAGAAGAAGCUCAGGCUGGUGACCAACUAGGUGCUUUAGUCCGUUCAAUCAAAAGGGAGCAGAUCAAACGAGGCAUGGUUAUGGCAAAGCCCGGUACAGUGAAAGCCCAUGACAGUUUUGAUGCAGCAGUGUAUAUCCUAAGCAAGGAAGAGGGUGGGCGAGCUAAGCCGUUCACAUCGUUUAUCCAGCUGCAGAUGUUUUCUAUGACUUGGGAUUGUGCCUCUCAGGUUACUAUACCUGACAAGGAGAUGGUUAUGCCUGGUGAAGAUUCUACUUUGCAGUUGAGGCUCCUGAAACCCAUGGUUUGUGAGACUGGCCAACGGUUCACUCUUCGUCUUGGAGAUAUUACUCUGGGAACUGGUGUCAUCACCAAAAUCAACAAAAACCUCUCAGAAGAAGAUAGAUUGAAGCUUUUGGAGGGAAAGAAGGCGAGGGAAAAGGCUUUGGCCAAGAAGUAGAUUGUCAAUAUUAAUGUUUAAGAAUAGAAUUGUAGUUAACUAUGUACGCAUUUAAAUAAUAGAAAUAUAAACGUUAAAAACAUG